AUGAUGUUGGAAGCUUUGAGACUAGCCUAUCACACAGAUACAGCAAUCUGCCCGCGACGGGAGCUCGGCCAGCCGCAGGGGGCGGGAAAGCGGGGCGCGGGGAGUUUCCGGGCCGCGGCGCGCCUUUGUCCCUGGCGUCAGGUGCGGCAAGGCGGUCGGGCCUGUCCCGAAGCCCAGCCGCCGAGCCCCGCCCCGCGCUCCCGGCCCGACCGGCGCGUCCCCACCAUCGGGGCGGGGCCUCCGCCGCUGCUCCCGCCCGCCCGGGCCCACACAAAGGCCCGGCAGUCGGCCGAGAGGAAGCGGCCCCGCCCGCCCCGGGCCCGGCCUUACCCAGCCGCUCCGCCGCCUGCAGCCCCGGCCGCCGACCGCCGCGCCCCGCCCCGUGGAAGCCACGGCUGCUGCUAUUGCUCCUCCGGCCGCGGCCGCUGCCGUCGCUCCAGCACCCGCCGCCCUCACCGCCCUCACCGCCCUCACCCCUCCCGGUUCCGCCGCAAAACCAGUUCCGCGGCCGUCGAGCGAACCCGGCUCCGCACGACACUGCGUGCGCGCGCACACGGGCCAGCGGCGGCGCGCUUUACGGCAGCAGCGUGA